AUGGUAGAUGACGUGGACAAGCGACAAACUACCAAUACUGUAGAAGAGCCCCUGGAUCUCAUCAGGCUCAGCCUGGAUGAGCAAAUUCAUGUGAAAAUGAGAAAUGACAAAGAGCUCCGAGGCAGAUUACAUGCUUAUGAUCGGCAUUUAAAUAUGAUAAUGGGGGAUGCGGAAGAAACCAAGACUACUAUAGAAAUUGAGGAGGAAACAUAUGAAAAGAUACAUAAAUCAACAAAAUGGAAUAUUCCCAUGUUUUUUGUCCAGGGAGGUGGUGGUGUACUAGUUGCCCCUCCAUUAAGAGUUGGCUGA